AGCAGUUUACGUUAUCUCCUUGCUGUGUGCGGCGUUGGCCUAGCGCUUAAAUGUCGGCACACCGCCAAAUUUACUUCGUCAUUCCGUUGGGUCCCUGAAACGGCAUUUCGUCGAUGUGGGAACAGUCCAACUCUCACCAUUCCGAGGAUACGAAAGGAGUGGAAUUAUAAGGUAUCUCCACUCUCCGGAAUGGUGUGGAAAUGGAAUGAAGUUCCCGAAACUCUGUUCGAUACCCCGCAUUUCUAGUGAAUCGCGUUCGUUUCUCGAAUCUCCCACUUGUUCUCGAUGAUUGUGUGAAGAAGAAAUAUGCCUCCUCGCACCGAUGUUAGCCUUUACUUUCGUGUUCUUAAAAGCAUAGCAGCAGCUCCAUAUUUUUCAUGUCUAUUUAUAAGUUAUACGCCAUCCUUCUAUUUUUUUUUCUUCAACUGUGAAUGCACAAACAAACUUUUGGAUAAAAUCCAAUUUUUUCUAUCUUUUCUGGCUACUAAGCGUCAUCUUGCGUCCAUAAUAAUAACGAAAUUAUUAUUUUACUUUGACGAACAUAGUUAUCGUUAAGUGCUCCAAAAUGUUCUCUCACGUCGACGCAACACCAUAUUGCACCUAAAGGCGGCCCUUUUAGUUCGACCAACAGCCACCACACAGGAUGCGCGUGGCACAAUCGGUAGAGAACGAAGAAGUGCCACGGGGCUCACGGGCCACGCGAACAUCGCGUGAGGGCGUUCGUCGCAACCCAGCCGGUAACCUCAGUGCCCGUCAUUCGAGCGACGAACGCAAUCGCGGAGAUGAAUUCCCUGAUCGGCCAUGAAGCUGACGUCGAGUUCAGCCUACAUGACAGGCAGGUCAGCAUGAUCAUCAUCCUCCUGGUGGCCGUAGUGGCCGGCGUGUGCCGCGCGCUGCGACGCUUCGUCAACAUCCCCGUCGUGGCCGUGGUCGUGGCGCUAGGCUUCGGCACGGGCCGCCUCGUCGGCGGCUACAACCUCAAGGAGAAAGUGCUUCCGGUCACCGACCUGCACAUCCGGGAGCUGCUGUUCCUCUACCUUCCCGUGCUCGCGUACACCGGCUCGAUCAACCUGCGCGGCCACCUGUUCAGGCAGUGCUUCUGGCAGUGCGUGCUGCUUGGCUUCGGGGGCCUGCUGUUCAGCACGCUGCUCUUCAUGCUGUACAUGUCGGGCACGCGGGACGCCGAGAAGCAGCACCUGGCCGAGACGGUGCUGAUCAGCCUGCUCACGUGCUGCCCCGAGCUGAUGUUCGUGUCGGACAUGAACGCGCUCUCGUCGGCCCGCUCGCACAUCCUCGAGACCAUCAUCAUGGGCGAGCCGCUGGUCGGAGCCACCGUGCUCUGGAUGGCCUACCGGUUCAGCACGCUGCCCGAGAAGCUGACUAUUUACGGCUUCCUAAAGACGGUCACGUGCACACUGCUCGUCGGGCCACUGGUUGGCAAGUGUAUCGGUCAUGCGCUCGCGAUGGCCAUGAUAUCGCUGGCGCAGGACCUGCCCGUCUCAUUCGUGGUGAGCGCGAUCAGCGUGAUCGCGACGUGGGCCUUCUCCGAGCAGUUUAUGCACGGCGCUGGUAUCAGCACAAUCAUCUCGAUGGGGAUCGCCACCAGCGCUCACUCAGCGGCCACUGUGUACAACCCUGUCGCGCUCAAGAAGUUCUGGAUGCUCAUCAGAUACGGCUACAACGUCGUCGUCAUUUUCCUGUCGGCUUAUCGGAUCGGCCGAGACACGCGUGAGUACCUUAGCUGGCACGAGAUAAUGAGCCCGGUCAACGCGUACGUUGCGAAGAUCGGCGUCCGAUUCGUGACCAUCAUCGUGCUGUAUCCGCUGCUGGUAUCCGUGGGCUAUAGCCUCAGUUGGCAGCAAUGCUUGAUUGUGGCCUGGGCGAACUUCAAGGGUGCCAUAAUGAUCGGCAUGGACUUGACAAGGGCUUUCCCGACCGUCAAUCUCGAGUACGCUCUUAAGGAACAGUUCAUUCGCCUGGGCACGCUAUUUCUUGUGCAAGUCCUCAACACCACUACGCUCCCUAAACUCAUGUCGAUGCUGGGGCUCGUGGCGCUAUCGGACGUGGAAAGGGCCAGUAUGAACAUGGUUAUAGUUGCGCUUCGCAACACCGCAAAUUCGUCGACUAGCUUUCAGCGGCGCGACAAAAAGUUCUCUGGUGCCGACUGGAAGUGGGUUCAAAUGCACACGUGCAUCGACAACCCGUAUAUUGGAGCCGAUGAAGAAGAUCAUGCCGAACAGACAGAGACUUACAUGCCCGCUCGCGUCUACAAGAAUGCUGCUGCAAGAAAGGCCAGCUGCUCCAUCGUAAGGCUCCAGAAAGUCUGCUGCAACAAACAAUAUGAAGACGGCAUGAUUCACAGCAAAACGAGGGGCAAAAUUCUGGCCGCCCUGCAGUAUCCCAUGGAAAAGGAAAUCUACCUGGAUUAUAGCAUGAUGAAGCCAUUCGUGACCGUCCCCGACUGGAUCUACGGGCUCAAGGACUUGGUGCAGCGAUUCGCCGGUAACGAGGCCAUCGAGAAGCGCCAAUAUCGAUCGAUACGUUCCAGCCGCUCGCGCACAGACGACGACGAUGAGGAAAAGGAGCAGGUCAGCUUGCUCUCUGCCAUGCUCAAAGAAGGCUGGUACCACGCCAUAAUUGGGUUCAUCGCUUUGGGUUUCGUCUUGCUCCUCAGUGGCCUGGCUCUGUUCCUGCUCAAAAAGCGUGCGGACCCAUCACAACACGAGCUGCUCCUAUCGAUCAUCACCUCUGUGCAGGGCGCCUACGUGCUGCUCUACUCGAUUGAGAUGGUGCUUCUAGUGUACACCGUUGGCAUGCUGCACGUGGGCAAGGAUAUAUGGAAGCAGCUUGACGUUAUCAUGUAUUUUCUGGUAGUCACGGAGUUCGUGCUCAUCAGUAUGGCAUCCGUGACCAGCGGCGGCAAGCCUGACACCGCUUACACCAGCUUCCUGCAGAUAAGCUUCAUCACUCUUAUCUCAUGCCGGAUCGUGAAGACGCUGCAGAAGCGCGUCGUGCUCUUCCUGUGGAUAUGGGACCUGCUGGAUGGGCUGCUGAACCGCAAGCUGUUCUACGCGUACGACCUGAGCUGGGCCUACAUCACGGCAGAGGACGAGGCCAUGAACAAGGUGUCCCGUUUCGUCGCCACGCCGCAGUUGGCAGCCGCCAUACGUGAGAACAGCGGCUACAACAAGCUGGAGACGCUCAAGAACGUCGUGGACAUUCAGCAGCGCUACCCCAACAUCGAAGUGGCGACCAAGACGCGCCAGGCGGCGCGCAGAAUCCUCAACAAGGCGCUCGAUGGCCUCAGAGAGCUGCACGAAGGGGGCCUGUUGGACGACAAGCAGUUCGGCCUGCUCUUCUCCAACCUCUCCUGGAUGAUCCAGCGCGCCGACGGCAUGCCCACCAACGUGGCCGUGGGCAACACGGCGUUCAACACGAUGCUGAGCGUGCCGUGGCUCACGCGCGAUGUGGUGCCGCGGCUGCUCAAUUCCUUCUACCAGUACCUGAAAGAAGGCGAGCUGCUUGUCGAAAAGAACAACAUGCACGACUGCGUCUUCAUCAUCUGCUCGGGCAUCGUCCGGGUGAGCGGCUGCAACGAGGAGCCUUGGGCGAACCCCGUCCAGCUCGCCAACUCGGACUCUACGCAUUUCUACUUCUGCGAGGGCUCCUUCCAGGACUACCUCGUAGCACCGGACGCGCUCGGGCUGCUGGGCUUCCUGACGUCCAGGCCGUCGGUGUGCCAGUGCGUGUGCGAGACGGACGUCGAGAUGUGCUGCAUCCCCAUGGAGGAGAUGACGUCGCUGGUCGAGCAGCACCCGGAGGCGCCGAACCUGGUGUACCGCAUGUGGUUCAGUGUCGCCAUCCGCAUCGGUCUCGCCGUGCUCGUCAACCAGAAGCGGUACCAGGAGUGGACGCACGACAAGCUGAAGCGCUUCCUGGAGAACGGCAUUAUGCCCAACUUGUAUUACGCCAUCGACUUCUCGCUCGACGAGGCCGUGCUGGACGUGAUACUGGUCCAGGGCGUGGUCCAGUGCUCCAAGACGCAGGAGCUCUACACCGGCCCCUCGUACAUCCCCAGCGCGGUGCGCGAGAUGACCCUGCCGGGCAUCCCCGCCGAUCGGGCGCGACCCGUAAUGCUGAUCACCACGAUGAUGCGCUACCACCUGCCGAGCGACCUCGACUGGUUCCACCAGCCGCUCACGCACUACGACUACAAGAAGCAGCGCGCCGUCUCCAUGGCCGUCGUCAGAACCAGCUAGCCGUUCGUCGCUCGGCCAAAAAGACGCGCCACCGGCUGUGGUCGGACCUUUCGCCAUCCCGCCGCCGACACCGCCAUCUGUCGGUGGUGGAAGGGCCUUUGACAACGGUCGCACAGGCUGCUUCGAACUGUACAGUUUAAUUUCAGUGUUUCGUUCUUUGUACAUUAUCGCUUUAUUGACAAUCGAGCGUCGUUUCACCUGUUGCAUUCGUAGUGUUUUGCCGUAAUUGUUUUACAGUAAUUUGCGCGAUCAUCCGUCACCUUGUACAAAACGUCCCAUCGAAGCACACUCGUCAUUGUAAGGCUUGUUGUAGACGCGACCAGCCAUGAAUGGACACCACAACGUGCUUUAGGUGCACCAACGGACACUUAGUAAUUACUGACUUGAAGGCGCGGUUGUGGGGGCAUUGCGUUCGAAGCGCGCCGCAUCGUUUCACACGUAGACCUAUAUAGUUGGUCCGCGUUGCGCGUAUUUUCACGCCGUUCUUCGAGGAUCCACUUGCAUCGGCCGGCGGGAGGGCACACCGCAUAUUGUGCCGUGAACCUUGUUGUGAGAGGGCUCGAUGAACACACGAGCAGCGUCCAGCUCGUGUCGGAAGCUGGUCGUAGACCAGCUGUGCUUCGUGGUGUGGCUGUCUCGAAGCAGGCCGCAGAAUACGCGCCGACGCGCCCGCCUGACCGAAUGGUCGAAAUAAAGUUCUCGGAAUGUCUUAAUGGAAAAAUCUGAAGCCCGUGGUUCAUAGUAACAUACGGCGAACAUAUGCGAACUAUGCAAGGCAUCUCAAUGAAACGUCGCGUGUUCGUGAUGAUUAUACCUUCGCGCAUAUUCGACUCAUGUGUGCGUUUUAGCAUGUCCUCCUCACCUCGUGCGAGCCUGAAUACACGCCUCUCGAAUGGUAAUUGCUGUGCAGAGGAUUUUCAAGCGCAGCCCACGCGCUAACUCUGAAAACUAACGGCAAUCGCAGAACGGGGACACGAGCAAAACACAUUAACACGCAGACACGGCGCUAACUUCAAUUUCCUGCAUUGUGACGCGCGUGAAACCACUGGUGCAGCAUCUCAAACACACCGCUCGAUGUUCACGUAUUUGCAGGAAAUUAGCAUUAACGCGGAAAAUCCCAUUCUGACAGCCCUCAUUACAGAACAGCAUGUAUAGCUGUCGUCGAUAUGCAGUGAAAUUGCCUUACUCCAUUAAUAUAACGGAUAUACUUGUUAAAGACAGUGCAGUCGCCAAAAUAUACUGAAUCUAUACGCUGUCAAAGUUGGCGAAAGACGGGAGGUCAAGUCUUGUAGAACUUGAUCGUAACAGUUAAAACCGCAACCAAUCCAGUGACCAUCAGCGAAAUUUUCGGGGCCAUAGGAUUAUGUGAGCAAAGACUACUACUGUUGUACCUCUACGCAGUGGGAAGAUUUCAGGUUUGCUUAAUCAUGCAUGAGCAGCCGACCGACUGAAUUUCCAAAGCAAUUGCACGCCUAUAUUUAACCACUGAACUUGUUCGACAUAUAGAGUUACGGUACCUUAGCCUCACGCGUCGCAUGCGUGACGCGUUACUCAAGCCUGCAAAAAUGAAAAAAAGGUCCUAGUGCGUUGUUUCUUGCCCCGAGCAUCAGCAUGAGGCCAUACGCCAAGAUUUAUACUUCGAUGUUCUCUCAUAUGGAAUUAAUGAGAUGAUGUGACCUGUGGCUUGCAUUGCUCUACCUCUUUCUACGAAUAAAAAGUGCGACAGUAAUAACAUGUUUGUGCUCGUAUACAAAGAAGUGGCAAGCCCAAAAGUUUCCUAAGCAGUGUGCUAAUCAGCACCCGCAUAAAUGCGCCCAUGCAGAUCACACGACACUGCUAGGCGCUGCUGAAAUAUUUUAGCAACUGCGUCCU